UUCUGUCAGUCGACCUUGUGUGAGUCUCGUGACCACGUUUGAUUGUAACUGCAGCCAGCAUCUCAUUGUAAGUCAGCAGCGGGAGCGGUUGGCUGGUGUGCAAUGAUGAAUUAGUCGGUGUCACAAGUAUUGAUCCUGAUUGUGAUCAAUUAUUCCUAAAUUAAGAUCUGUAAACUAAGCCUUACACGGAUUAUUUUUGAUAUUUUAUGAUAAUCGGUUUAUGAUAAAAGUCGUGACGGAAUGGAUAGCAGUCGAAAGUACGAUAACCCCAGUCCCCAGGUAAAGGCCAAUCCUUUGAGCCGAUUGUUUUUUUGGUGGUUGAAGUCGCUCUUUGCGUAUGGCAGAACUCAUGAUUUGGAAAUCAAAGAUCUGUACAAUGCUCUUCCUGAAGACCACAGUGCACCGCUUGGCAACAUCCUUGAAGAAAAUUGGAAAAUUGAAUUACAAAAUGCCAAGGAAGAAAAUCGAAAACCAAAACUGUUACAUGCGAUCAAGAAAACUUUUGCAAAGUCAUAUUGUAUUUAUGGUAUAUGGAUAUUGAUUUUAUCUGUAUUCAUUAGAGUAGCACAACCGUUUGCAUUGGGACUUUUGAUUGCCCAUUUUCAACCUUGCUCAGCUUCUACUUCUGAAGAAGCUUAUAUGUACGCCAGUGCAGUUGUGGUCCUGGCUUGGGCAAAUGCAGCGAUUUCACAUCACGUAAAUGUGGGGCAACUACGAGUUGGCAUGAGAGUUCGCAUCGCCUGCAGUUCUCUGGUUUAUAGAAAAAUCUUGCGUUUGUCGAGAUGUGCAUCCAAUAAAACUGCCAGUGGACAGGUCGUCAAUCUGCUUUCGAACGAUGUGGCACGAUUUGAUACAGUCGGCAUGUUCUUACAUUAUAUUUGGGUAUUGCCAAUUCAGGGAGCCCUAAUCACCUACCUUGUCUGGCGGAGUGUCCAGGUUGCCUCGUUGGCUGGGAUAUUAUUAAUCACUAUACAAACAGUCCCGUUACAAGGGUAUCUAAGUAGAUGGACGUCGAAGUUGAGGAUGAAAAUUGCCUUAAGAACUGAUACAAGAGUACGACUGAUGAAUGAAAUAGUUAGUGGGGUUCAAGUCAUCAAAAUGUACGCGUGGGAAAAGCCAUUCGAAAAACUUGUGUCAAUGGCGAGGAGCUACGAGGUAGAGGUUUUAACUCUGACAUCAUAUCUGAGAGGGUUCUACCUUGCAACCAUGGUAUUCACCGAACGUACAACUCUAUUUUUCACAAUCAUGACAUAUGUACUUAUCGGUAACAAAAUAUCUGCCGACAUAGCAUUUUCACUGGCACAGUACUUCAACAUUCUUCAAUGUACCAUGGCUAUCUUUUACCCUCUGGCUGUCUCAAUGUUAGCUGAAAGUUUGGUGUCAAUCAAACGUCUGGAGACUUUCCUAUCUCUUGAAGAAAAUGUUCCUUCUCCUCAGCGACACCCAUCUGGUGAUGAAAAGGAUGCUAUCAUAACAAAAAAUGUUACCACCUCAUGGACUGAAAAUUCUAUUGCAAAUACCCUCCACCGCAUAGAUAUUCGUAUUAAAUCGGGAACAUUAUGCGCCAUUGUAGGAUCAGUUGGUUCUGGAAAGAGUUCCUUUCUGCAGUUGGUUCUGGGUGAACUUCCACCAAAUCAAGGUCACAUUUAUGUCAAUGGCUCUAUUGCAUAUGCCAGUCAAGAGCCAUGGCUGUUCGGUGGCAGUAUUCGUAAUAAUAUACUAUUUGGCCAAGAGUACGAUAAAGAAAAAUACAAAGAAGUUACAAAAGUUUGCGCUCUCCUAAAAGACUUUGAGCAAUUCCCUCAAGGUGACAAGAGUAUUGUUGGCGAAAAAGGCGCAUCACUGAGUGGCGGACAACGUGCCAGAGUUAAUCUAGCCAGAGCUGUCUACAGAAGUGCAGAUAUAUAUCUCUUAGAUGAUCCGCUUUCUGCAGUAGAUACACACGUAGGUAAACAACUUUUCGACGAGUGCAUAAAUGGCUACCUAAAACAGAAGACGAGAAUUCUAGUAACACAUCAAAUACAAUACUUGAAAAAUGCUGACAUGAUUGUCGUCUUGGAUAACGGCAAAGUUGCAAGUCAAGGGUCGUUUGAAGAAUUGCAAAAAAAUAACACAACAUUUGCAAAUUUGCUGAACGAAGACGAGCCUGAAGAAAAGGUCAAAGCUGCGGUACACCCACCUGCCGAUCGAAUGGUAUCCGAAAUUUCGAAUCUGAACGAAGAUGAGGAUAUAGAAGACGAGCCUAAGGAGACCGACGAAUUGAUGGCCAAGGGUGGUGUCUCGAGCACGCUGUAUUGGAAAUAUUUCAGAGCUGGUGGUUCAACAUUCAUGAUUCUAAUGGUUAUAGUUACAUUGAUUUUGGGUCAACUGGCCAGCAGUGGAACCGACUACUGGCUCUCAUAUUGGACCAAACAAGAAGACCGUCUAUUAAUGGAAGAACCUCAGCAAAAUUGCACAAACAAUAAUUUUCCAAGCAACGUAACAAUCGCCACACGUCCAUAUAACAAUUCUGAGUUAAAUUCAUCAAAUACUCUGCUUCCAACAUCGGUUAUUUCAAAAGAUAUAAGUGAAAAUGCAUCUCACUUUGACACAAAUACGGCAUUAUGGAUUUACGGUGGUUGUAUAACUGGAAGUGUUGUGAUAACGAUACUUAGAAGUUUACUUUUUUUCAAACUAUGCAUGAACGCCAGCAAGGGCUUACACAACACGAUGUUUGCAAAUAUUUUGAAAGCCCCCAUGCAUUUUUUUGACACAAAUCCUUCCGGACGUAUUCUCAAUCGAUUUUCAAAGGAUAUGGGAGCAAUAGACGAAAUUCUUCCCCGAGUAAUGAUUGAAUCUCUACAAGUUUACCUUGUAAUGUCUGGUAUCCUGAUUCAAGUGGUCAUAAUCAAUUGGUGGAUGAUAUUCGCAAUAAUUGUUAUGGGGUUCUUGUAUUGGCUAAUCCAACAAAUUUAUGUCUCAUCGGCCCGAGAUAUCAAACGACUGGAAGGUGUUACUAAAAGCCCUGUGUUCUCACAUGUGAGUGCUUCCUUGAGUGGAUUAGCAACAAUCCGAUCAUCUGGAGUAGAAGAGUUGUUGCGCAAAGAGUUUGACAUCCAUCAAAACUUGAAUACUGCAGCUUACUAUCUUACCGUUGUAAGUAGCACGGCCUUUGGAUUUUGGCUGGAUAUGGUAUCUCUUGCCUUUGUUUCAUUUGUCACGUACAGCUUCAUUUUCUUAAACCAUGGUAAUACAUUCGCUGGUGAUGUUGGACUGGCAAUUUCACAAGUUCUGAUUUUGUGCGGAAUGCUGCAACACGGAGUGCGUCAAAUGGCAGAAGUUAUUUCUCAGAUGACAAGUGUCGAGCGUGUUCUACAGUUUACGAAACUCGAGAAGGAGGGCCCUUUCGAGAGCGAACCUGGUCAAAAACCCCCAGCGCAAUGGCCAAGUGAAGGUCAAAUUCAAUUCAAUCACACAUAUCUGCGCUAUGUGGAGUCCGAACCUCCAGUUCUCAAGGACCUGAAUCUUGUAAUCAAGUCUGGAAUGAAGGUUGGAAUAGUCGGCCGCACCGGAGCUGGUAAAUCUUCGCUCAUCUCAGCCCUGUUUCGCUUGGCGAAAGUGGAAGGGGAAAUAGUUUUGGACGAUAUAGACACGAAGAAGAUUGGCCUUCACGAUUUGAGAACAAAAAUUUCAAUAAUACCGCAAGUGCCAGUUUUAUUCUCUGCCACAGUCAGGGACAAUCUUGAUCCGUUUCACAAGUUUGAAGAUGCCAAACUUUGGCUUGCCCUGGACCAAGUCGAACUGAAGGAUUCCAUCGCAUCGCUUGACCACCUUGUCAACGAGGGUGGAACGAAUUUCAGUGCCGGACAACGCCAGCUUGUCUGUCUGGCCCGGGCUCUCCUAAGGAACAACAAAGUUCUCGUUCUCGAUGAGGCUACAGCAAAUGUAGACCCGUCUACUGAUGCCUUGAUACAACAUACGAUAAGAAAAGAAUUCAAGGAUUGCACUGUGUUGACCAUAGCUCACAGAUUGAACACGAUUAUGGACAGUGACAAGGUCUUAGUAAUGGACCAUGGACAAAUAGUAGAGUUCGAUCAUCCUCAUCUACUCUUACAAAAUGAGAAUGGAUACUUCUCUAGAAUGCUUGCUGAAAUGGGGAACAAUAUGGCCGAGGAACUCAAGACCGUUGCUAAAGAGGCCUUCGACAGCAUCACACAAGAAAUAGUUCCAGUACAUGGGUCCAAUGGUACUGUCCAGAAGAAGUAAAGAUCAGCCUAUUCGAACAUAAUAUUCUUGCUCAUAGGCCUAAACACGUUGAACAGACAUUACCUACCAGCAGAUCGACAACUUUAAACAAAAGCAUUCACAAUGAAUGGUUAUAACCGAAUAUUCUAUUUGUAUUUUUCAACAGUACAAACUUGUAGUUAAUUUUUUUUCCUCUUUUAAGUCAGUAGAAGAAUUUUAUCCCGAACAAAACAUUUAUUUUAUUAUCAUUGUACUUCAGGAAA